CACUGAGGAUAAAUGAUACACAAAGAGGUUCGAGUCGCGAUUAAAAAAAAAAUGGUUCCUACUUUUUACGACAUCUGACGGUAAGGAAGGAGAUUUACAGUAUUAAUUUAUAACAGGCAAGACACGGAGCGCGCAACCUGCACGCAAUUAACAAUUAUACGAUUCAUUGUCGAUUUAUACGGAGUAGUUUUAGUCCAAGCGUGGUGAUUCCGUGCUUUCUCAAACGUGCCUCCCCUAACCGGGAGGGGAACGCAACAACUCGCCUGUUCACACGACAGCUUGACGAGCCGGAGUUGCUGUGGAAGCGAAUUGUCAAUGAGCCGACCAUGACGGAAUGGUAUCAAGCGAAGAUCUCGCGUUUGUGCGAAUUGAACAAUGUCGAGGAAAAGAAGGACGUUCUGACGGACAUCAAGAUUAAGUUCGGCAGUUUGAGUAAUCGGGACGCCGAGCAGGUAGCCCGGAGCUUGGACUACGGACCUCUCUAUUCGCAGCUAACCUCGAGUGACAGGUACGAUGACAGAGAAGUCAUAGAACAGAUAUGCGACAUCCUAACUAUUCUGUUCAGUGUGUUAGAACCUGGAGAAAUAUAUCAGAGAUAUUUAGUAGAAGUCUCCACAUUGUUGACCAAUCCAAACGCCAGUGUGAGACUGCUCAUGCUGCGUGAGUUUCAACGUACAACCUCACAGCCACAAAGGAUAUUCCAAUUGUUGGAAGACACCAAUUUACUGAUAUCUAUUAUAAACAGAAUCGGCGACAACGAUUUGACUGUCGCAGAAUGCGCAAUGAACAUAGUAAAGAAAAUUGGUGGAGAUCCAAAUGGUUUGCAUAUUCUCUACAAGGGCGAACUUUUGCGAACGUUUGCCAGGCUGCUGCAGAAAGACACCAUCAGCUUUCGCGUUUACGAGGUCAUCGUGGAUAUAGCCAAAACAUCCAGGAUAGCUUUGGAAGUAUCCGCUCAGUCAGGUUUCCUAAAUAGUUUAAUCAGUGUGCUGGAUGAUGAAGAUGUGUUGCUUCAGUUGAACGCCUUGGAGAUACUAACGCAGUUAGCCAUAUUCGAGGAGGGUCUCAGCUAUCUGGAGCAACAAGAAGUCCUGAGUAAGCUGGUGCAAAAGAUCGCGCAGGCCAAUGAGAAUUCCUUGUCGAAUUUGUUGAUCCCUGGUCUGAUGAAGUUCUUUGGCAACGUCGCGCGACACUGGCCUAACGAGCUGUUCUCCAAGUAUCCAGUGAUCAUCUCCGCGUUGUUCGAAGUGAUCGACAGCGGGGAUCAGACUCUGCUGGGUCCCGCGUUGGACACUUUGGGGUUUGUGUCCGCGAGCGUCGAAGGUAAGUAUGCGCUGCAGGCACUGGGAGAUGCAAUGAUCGGCGCUCUCAAGACGAUCGGCGAGAUCGUGCAGAGGAUGCCCACUGGCUUGAGAAUUCGCGGCCUGAACAAUCUCACUCUUAUACUCGAAGUCAAGAGGGCCGAACAGGACAACAGAAUUCUCUCCUUGACGAAGCUGUGGUUUGACUCACUAUGUGAUGAUCCGUUGGGUAUGAUCGUGGCGAUAUGCAGACAGCCGUUCGCCGAUAUCAGACAAGCCGGCUUGGAGGUGCUGGCGGUGGUCGGCUCUCAAGUAUGGGGGCAGGAGUACAUAUCGACUUAUCCGGGCCUGGUAGAGUUCUUGUUGGACAGAAGCGUCGAGACGUUUAAAGACUGCAUAGACGCCAAGUUCGAGGUUGUGAAACGCUUGUCUCAGGCGGAGCAGCAUGUGUUUGACGCGGAUACUAUGCAGAAAUUCAAGCAGUUCGUUAACGAGGGUCCAUACUUUGUCGACUUUAACAGGGAAAUCGCGAUAGAGGGUGCUUUGUAAGAGAGGCAGGAAUAAUUUCUCGCAUUAUUACUCGAUGUUAUUAUAAUAUUAAAGAUUAUAUGACAUGUAACAUAAUAAUGUAACUACAGUCGCUGCAAGGAGCGGAUUAGUAUUUAUUCUUUGUCUCAUUAUAAGAGAUUGAUCAUCGAGACGUCGUGUUGGUCGUCGUGGAAAAAGUGCGCUUUCUCCAUGACUCUUCCGCAUUUAUUGGUAAAAGCACAUACUGAAACUCCUGCAUUUACUAUCUUCUUCUCGCAAAAGGAAUACUCAUUAAUAAUUCGGGCUCUGUUAAAAUUGUGUUGGGAAUUUUAUAAAAAGAGAAAUAAUUUAUUUCACAUUCUAACCGUAUAUAGAGAAAAGUCGUUGAUAUACAUUUGAGAUAAAUCAAACAAGUGCGUGGUAUUGAUACAGCAUGUAUGUAAUAUUAUAGCAUGUUUGCAAUGUUUUACCAUUGGUUCGCAUAUUUUUACGUAAAACUUAUACAUAUACCUAUAUAUUAUAUAUAUAUAUAUAU